AUGACUUUUACGGUUCGAGAACCAGUUCCCACGUCCCGUCUGGACGGCAAGGUGGCCAUCGUGACGGGCUCUGGACGAGGCAUCGGUCGCGGCAUCGCCAUCGAGCUGGGGAAACGAGGCGCCAAUGUCGUCGUCAACUACUCCCGAAGCUCCAAGCACGCCAACGACGUGGUGGGCGAGAUCGCGACCAACGGCUCGCAGGCAAUCGCCGUCCAAGCCGACAUCUCGAGACCAGAAGAGAUCGCGCAGCUGUUUGAAAAGGCCCAGGCGCACUUUGGGCACAUCGACAUUGUCGUGUCCAACUCCGGACGCGAGCACUUUGGCAGCAUCGACCAAAUCACGCCCGAGGCCUUUGACCAGGUCUUCGCCCUCAACACGCGCGGGCAGUUCUUCGUCGCGCAGAACGCGUACAAGUUCCUGCGCGAAGGUGGCCGGCUGAUGAUGAUGUCGUCCAUCUCGGCCCACGUCGGCAUGAAGGAGCACGCCCUCUACUCCGGCAGCAAGGUGGCCGUCGAGGCCUUCGGCCGCUGCCUGACCAAGGAGUUUGGACACAAGAAGGUCACGGUCAACGUCAUCGCGCCCGGGGGCGUCGACACCGACAUGGCCGCCGAAGCGGGCUGGAAGUACAUCCCCGGGGCGAAUCCGUCGUGGACGCCCGAGGACAUUUCAAAGUGGGUGGCGGCGCGGAACCCGCUGGAGAGGACGGGCAAGCCGCAGGAUAUCGCGCGAGUGGUUGCCUUUCUGGCCAGCGAGGAUGGAGGCUGGAUCAAUGUCAACAACGCGAAAUUCACCGACCUCCCCGCGGAAAAGUACAUCGCCAUGAUGAGCGACCCGCUGUUCCUGGGCGACGAGCUCGUCGCGUCGCAGCACCUGAUCGGCGCGACCAAGUGGGAAAAGGUGUCGGACGCGGAGAUCGUGUCGCACCACCAGUCGCGCGCGGCGCACCAGCGGUUCGAGGACGUGCGGCGCAGGGACGUCGCCGUCAAGGGCCACGGCCACGGCACCGUCACCACCUUCUACAGAAAGAUCGACGGGCGGUGGAAGUGGGCGGGAAUCAAGACAAAGGUCAUUUGGAACGAGUUUGAUUUCGAACACGUCUUUCGCGGCGCGGCGGGCAAGGAGUAG